AUGCCGCCAAACUUUAGUGACGAAGACUUGUCCGACGUUUCGGAAGACUGGGACUCCUCCGGCGACGAGGCCGUCGAGAAGAAGGAGCAGGAAGCUGCCAAGGCCAAAGCACAAGAAGAGGCCAAGACGAAGAAAGGAGCAAAAAAGACGCUGCAGCAAAAAAUCAAGGAGCGAGAAGAACGCGAAAAACGAGAAAUGGAGAUUCGCGAAUUGACGCCCGAGCAACGCCGCGCGCAGCUCAAGAAAGAACAGGACGAAUCGGAACUCCUCGGAGCCAUGGAAUUCGUCGACGUCAAGGACCCAGAAGAUAUCGACAUUUCAAAGUUCGCGCCAAAGAGCAAGCACGAUUUCUCGCUGUACUCUGAAAAGCUUGGAAAAACAAUCAGCCAGUAUUCGUCGAGUCCGUUUUACGUCGAUUCCGUGGUCGACCUGACGCGAGUGCUCAUCCAGGGAAUGAAACUCGACGAUACGAGGAAAGUCGAAACCAUGCUCAAGGUGCAAAUCAACAAACUCGUCAAAGAAAGCUCUGGCAAAAAGGGAAAGAAAAAGGCAGGUAAAGGGUCAUUGAACGCUGGCGGUGGAAAAGGUGGCAUGGACACGAGAGCAUACGACGGAUACGAUGACAUGGAAGAUUUGAUGUAA